AUAUAUUUAAGCGGAAAUUGGUAUUUAUAAUGUAUACUUGAACCUAGCGAGGCUAGAUCUUGAUCUUUUAUUUUGAAAGUUCUGGCGGAAGUUGCUAAAGAGACUACGGAUCCACUCCAAACAAAAACGGUCGGUGCUCCGCAGCAUCCAUCCUAUUUUUCACCGGGUUUGAAAAAAAAACAAAACCCUUUCUUAGCGUGAAAACGGGCGGGCCGUCGCUCCUCUGCUGAGUCCACAGUGUUUGUUAAUGUCGAUUUAAUUCGCGGUUCGGCGGCUGGUGUCGUUUCUCGGUGGCUGAACAUGACGAGCUAUACGGGGUUUCACUCUCAGCUGACGUCCAUCAUGGAGGCGCUGACCAAAGCAGCGGUGGCGGAGAUCUGCGAGCUGGUGGACGACAGCUACGCGGUGCUGCGGCUGGAGAUCACCCGCAGUCACAAGGAGAACGAGGCGCUGCGGAGGAAACUGGAGCUCAUUGAGUCCAUAAUCGCCCGGGGUCACCGGGGCAGCGCCGCCGUGCUGGAGGAGGAGGAGGGCUGCGAGAGGCUGCUGGAUUUCACCCCGGAUCAUGCCUCGCCCGCUGGAGUCAGCGCCAAACAGCCGAAGGCGUCAAACCUCAGACGAUGUGGACGUGUCGCGGUGCUGGAGGUGACAGCGGAGGCGAGUCCUGCAAACGCAGAGGACGGUUCGACAGCAGCUGCAGAGGAGACAAACGAACAGGAUGUUGUUCUGAUAAAAGAGGAAACACCAAAAGAGGAAGCUGAAUCUGACCUCGCUACAACAGAUGAGCUGCUUAUCAGUGAGGACGGGACCGAGGUGCCGACGUCAGAGACGGAGGACAGUGAGCAGGGCGCGUCUCGGUUGAGGAUCUCAAACACAACCUGCGCCGACCUUCGGCCGUGGGACCAGAAUAAUAACGCAGUCUCAGAGCAACUCGCGCAUCACGAGUCCCGCAGCACGCCCGGUUCCCCGCGGCCCGCACGGGGCGUCGAAAGCUGUUCCUCGGACAUCGUGUUUGACUUGGCGUCCGAGUCGGAAGACCGCGUUGUGUCUGUGGCUCACAGCAGGAAGUCGUUCCUGCUUGAGUCAGGAGGAAGUCCGGCCUCGCUGCCCGGGACCUCGGAGCUGAAGCGUGGCGUCUCCCUGAUUAGUUCACUGCCCUUUGACUCAGAGCUGGAUCUGUGCUCAUCAUGGACCAAUCAGGGCCUGCCGAGCAUGGUGCCCGUCCCUCACCGGCCGUACCUGAAACCGGACCAGCGUCCCACGCUCAUGGACAAACCGUCUGACUUAAAUGCCGGCAGUUUCCCUUUGGCGCUGGCGCUUGGUGGCUCCAGGCUGGACGCUCUAGAGCUCAACCGCUACAGCAGGGACCGCCGCUUCGUCUGCAGCUACUGCGGCAAGUGCUUCACGUCCUCCCGGAGUCUGGAGACGCACGUGCGCGUCCACACCGGUGAGCGGCCGUACAGCUGCGCUCAGUGCGGGAAGCGCUUCACACAGUCGGGUCACCUGAAGACGCACCAGAGCGUGCACACCGGGGAGCGGCCAUUCGCCUGCGAGCACUGCGGGAAGAGAUUCGCCGGGAAGCAGAACCUGAGGAUCCACCAGCAGAAGCACCAUCAAGGCAAGCAGGCGGUCGCAGCCUUUUAACCUGGUUACCAGAGAACUCGCUGCUGUUACUCAGUUCUAAGACAUUUGAUUGGAAACUGAUUUUAUAUCCACUGAUCAGCCAAAACAUUAAACACUCCUAACAGGCUUCCCUGAAUAAAUAACAUCGUGUGCGGUCGGAUUACAGUGGAUGUUCAGCUCGCAGCACAUUUCUAGAAACGAGAAUAAUUGUUGCCAUCUGACCAGCCUGAAGGUGGAGGAACAACAUGGGAGGAGCCAAGCAAAAGAGUAAAAACAAAGGAAACACAGGAGAAACCCUGGAACUGUUCACUGUGGAUCAGUCACCGUCAAAAUCUAACUUAUCCACUUCAUACCUGCUUCGACACUCUGUCGUCGUCCACUUCUGUCUGCAAACUCUUCUGAAAGUUCCACAAAA